AUGGCACCAUUACGCUCAUUCUUUAUUAGUUGUAUUUUAAUACUUAUCAUAUCAACAAACACAUAUGCAUUUUAUUUGCCAGGUGUUGCACCUCGCGAUUAUAGAGACGGCGAUGACGUAGAAGUGCAUGUUAAUUCCCUCACACCGAUGAUGGGACCCACAACACAACAACUUAAAUCGGUUAUUCCUUACGAUUAUUAUUAUAGCCCUUUCCAUUUUUGCCAGCCAAAAGAAUUAAAAAGUCAACCAGAAUCAUUAGGAAGUAUUUUAUUUGGUGACCGUAUUUUCAGCUCUCCUUAUCAUCUUAAAAUGAACGAAAACAAAACGUGUGAAUUCCUUUGCAAAUCAACGGUUCCCGCUGAAGAUGCCAAAUUCAUUAAUCAACGUAUACGGGAAAACUAUGCAAUUAAUUGGCUUAUUGAUGGACUUCCAGCUGCUAGUAAAAAAAUGGAUACUAAGACGCAUAAACCUUUCUACAGCAUCGGGUUUGAAUUAGGAGAUCAAUCUACAACCUCACCUGAACCACCUUUACAUAACCAUUAUGAUAUUAUAAUUCAAUAUCAUAUGCAAGAUAAGAAGAAAUAUCGAGUUGUCGGUGUAAUUGUAAAACCAGAGAGUAAAAAAUAUACAACACAAGAAUCUGCUGAAAAUUGUGAAAUUACUGAGGAACUUACUUUAAGCGAAACAGAAUCUACCGAUGUAUUUUACACUUACAAAGUAGAAUGGACUAAAUCUGAUACCGCAUGGGCAACACGAUGGGAUAAUUAUUUACAUACUUUUGAUCCAAGAAUUCAUUGGUUCAGUUUGGUAAAUUCUAUUGUUAUUGUGUUGUUCUUGACAGGUAUGGUUGCUAUGAUAUUACUUCGUGCUUUGCACAAGGAUAUCUCUCGAUACAAUCAAAUUGAGGCACAGGAAGAUGUUCAAGAAGAUUUUGGAUGGAAAUUGGUUCAUGGUGAUGUCUUUCGUCCUCCAGCAAAUGUCAUGUUGUUAUCUGUAUUAUUGGGAAGCGGUGCGCAGUUAUUCUUUAUGACUGCUGUUACGCUCGUCUUUGCUGUCCUUGGUUUUCUUUCACCUUCAAAUCGUGGUUCUCUUGCUACAGUCAUGAUCAUAUUUUAUAUGCUAUUUGGUUCUAUAGCUGGAUAUGUUUCUGCCCCCAAGUCUUCGGGUGCAGUCCCUGCCACCACAUUAUUAGCUAUAAUUGGGUUAUGGUUUUUAAUUUCUGUUCCUUUAUGUUUUAUCGGUUCGUUCUUUGGAUUUAGGAAACCUAAAAUUGAACAUCCAGUUCGCACAAAUCAAAUCCCACGACAAAUUCCCGAUCAAGUCUUUUACCUACGACCAAUUCCUUCCAUGCUUAUGGGAGGUGUACUUCCGUUUGGUGCUAUCUUUAUUGAAUUAUAUUUCAUAAUGAACAGUAUUUGGGGAAAUAAGGUUUACUACUUAUUCGGAUUUGCCGCAUUAGUAUUUGUAAUUCUUACUAUUACAUGUUCGGAAGUCACAAUCUUAUUGUGUUACUUUCAUCUUUGUGCAGAGGAUUAUCAUUGGUCUUGGAGGGCAUUCUUAACAUCAGGAGCGUCUGGAUUAUACAUCUUCAUCUAUUCCAUUAUGUAUUUUGCUACUAGGUUACAAAUUACAUCUUUAACAAGCACAGAACGAUUGGUUACUUUGCAUGUCUUGCUUUUAUCCGCAGGAUUUUUAUGA